CUUCAGACAACCCCAGAGGACUAGAAAGCUUUAGCUAUUAUUACCACCUUUUAAAUCCCUUCAAAUCAACGUGAUUAAUUCACAUUUACUUUUCAACUAAGAGACAGAAAAAGUGGUUGGUUUGGUUACCAUGGUGCGCAGAACAGUGGGUAAAACGUGGUUCUGUAAUAACACUGACCCUGGUAUGUUAGGCCGGUUCAAUCCAAACCACUUUCUGUAAUUACUACUCGUAAAUUGUCCGAUAUAUGUAGCCUGAUUUAGGACUAUUAUUAUAUAUAUGCAAUUGUUGAUAGCGUGUCUUUGGCCUAUUGUUAGGGGAAACAGAUUUAUAUAGUUGAGAGAAAAGAAUUUCUGAUUCACAGUUACAAGCAUGGAGGUGGAAAUCCCAGGUGCAGCUGUGAAAGAAUCGGAGCAACAGAAGUUUGCUCUACCUGUGGAUUCUGAACACAAGGCCACCGAGUUCAGAUUAUUUUCCAUAGCUAAACCCCACAUGAGAUCUUUUCACCUAUCAUGGAUCUCAUUCUUCUCCUGCUUUGUGUCUAGCUUUGCUGCCCCACCCCUCCUUCCCAUAAUCCGGGACAACCUUAACCUCACAGCCACUGACAUUGGAAAUGCCGGUGUUGCAUCGGUUUCCGGUGCAGUUUUCGCAAGAAUUGCAAUGGGAACAGCUUGUGACUUAGUUGGACCGCGCCUGGCCUCUGCAUCACUCAUCCUCCUCACAGCACCAUUUGUGUACUUCACUUCCAUCAUCAACUCAGCCACCUCGUACCUCCUUGUCCGUUUCUUCACCGGCUUCUCCCUGGCCACCUUUGUCUCCACACAGUUCUGGAUGAGCUCUAUGUUCUCCGCUCCGGUCGUGGGUUCGGCAAACGGGUUUGCCGGCGGAUGGGGCAACCUUGGAGGAGGAGCCACCCAACUGAUCAUGCCCCUUGUCUUCUCCCUCAUCCGUGACAUCGGUGCUACGAAAUUCACGGCAUGGAGGAUUGCGUUCUUUGUCCCUGCCAUGUUCCAGAUGCUGACGGCAUUUUCAAUCCUGAUAUUUGGGCAGGACAUGCCCGAUGGAAACUUUCAGCGGUUGAAGAAGUCAGGGGAGAAAGCAAAAGACGAAUUCUCAAGAGUGGUGUAUCAUGGGAUUACUAACUACAGAGGGUGGAUUCUGGCGUUGACUUACGGCUACUGCUUCGGGGUGGAGUUGACCAUAGACAACAUCAUAGCUGAAUACUUCUAUGACAGGUUUAAUCUGAAACUCCACACUGCAGGAAUCAUUGCUGCGAGCUUUGGGUUGGCUAACUUGUUUUCUAGACCUGGUGGGGGUUAUAUAUCAGAUGUAAUGGGAAAGAGGUUCGGCAUGAGAGGGAGGUUGUGGGCUUUAUGGCUGUGCCAAACCUUGGCUGGUGUCUUCUGCAUCAUCCUUGGCCUUGUCGGUUCUUUAGGUGUCUCCGUCCUUGUUAUGAUCAUAUUCUCUCUCUUUGUCCAAGCCGCAUGUGGAAUGACCUUUGGGAUUGUUCCCUUUGUCUCAAGAAGGUCAUUGGGGGUGAUAUCUGGAAUGACAGGAGGAGGAGGCAAUGUGGGUGCAGUGGUGACCCAGCUAAUUUUCUUCAAAGGAUCGAAGUUUUCAAAAGAAAGAGGAAUAACUCUAAUGGGAGUGAUGAUCAUAAUAUGCACUCUGCCAAUGUGUUUAAUCUAUUUUCCACAGUGGGGUGGGAUGUUUUGUGGUCCAUCGUCUAAGAAGGUGACAGAAGAAGAUUACUACUUAGCUGAGUGGAACUCAAAGGAGAAGGAGAAAGGGUCCCAUCAUGCAAGCUUGAAAUUUGCUGAUAACAGCAGAAGAGAAAGAGGAAAAAAACUGAAUGCAUCAACAGAGCCUUCUGAGGAGAUCACACCUCCACAUGUUUGAUUGCUUCACUCAACCCUCAUCAUGAAGCUUGUCAUAUCAAAUCAAAUCAAUGUAUGUUCCUAUGUUUGCUGCAUAAUCAAGUUGAAAUGGUUCCGAGCCUACUUAAAUUUUCUGUUUCAAUCUGCUA